AGAAAUUUCCACGUGUCCGUCGUGACUCCUGCUGAGCACGUCAACGACCCCAACCAAUCCUCAAAGCUGUAGAGCAAUUCAAUAAUCACAAAAACCAAAAUCAUAUAUAUAUACAUAUAUCCUAAGUCAAAAAAGUGCGAGCAGCAGGCACACCAAUUAUAAAGGAAAAAGGAAAGCAGCAAAGCAAAAAUUAGUUUUCAAUAACGUAUUCUACGGUCGGUACUUCCCCUAACAAGUCCUUGUCUCACAUCCGCUUUGUAUUCAUAAUUUUUUUUAAUUAGAUGCAAUUCCUCAGCUCUUCUUUUCCCUUUUCGCCUUUUCCCUUUUCACCGUUGUAAUACUCGGAGCUCGGAUACGAAUCUCUUUCGGGUAACGUACGCGAACGUAUACGUAAAAAGACGACGAAGAAAAUAAAGGCAGCAACGACAGCAACCGAUUUUUGUAACUGUGCGAUUUUGUGGUGUUCAGGUUUCUUUUGCGUUGCGAUUCAGCACACACACAUAUAUCUUUUUUUUUUUUCCCACGUCUCUGUGCGUGUUCAUUUUGGUUCUUUCUUCUUCUUCUUUUGCUAUUUAGUUAGGUGAGAUUGUCCAACGUGACACAUAUACGAAGGCUUGUUGUGUGUGCGUGAGAAGAGUUGGUUUCGUGCACUUCUUUUCAUUCGUGCUCGCCCACCCUAUUACACCUGUUGCUAUCACUACCAUUAUCCAGUCUCAUUUGUUGUCUCUUGUGGUGGUGGUGGUUCAGGGAUAGCAAGCGGCUCUCGGCGCGCAUUCACGAAAAGAACUCAAACCGAAAUCGGAGUCCAAAGGAGGCAGAGAGACGUUGUACGCCAAGCUCCACACCAAGGAGAAAGACAGCUACAGAGAAAGACUCACGCUUUGGUAGGUACACACUACGCAGUUAAAGAGAAUUCAAGAACACAAAAAAGUGGCUAAAACUAUCGUCAGUAUUCUCCAUCAUUAAGAAGAAAACGCUACGGUCUCUUUUUUUUUCAUGUUGGCGUCAUCAACCGUGGCUGUUCCUUGUCUGCUCCAUUCAACUCAGCUUUUAAAACUCCCUUUACCUUUUUUCCGAACGUUGCUUUUGUUGUUGAGGAGCGCAUUUUUUUUUAUUCUUACAUCGAUUGUCUGUUUUUGUAUUGCGUAUUGAUACCUUUUCAUUGUCUCAACGAAACAGACACCACCACCCUUUUUUUUUCUGAUACCUAUUUUAGCUGAACAAGCGUCUCGUCAUUUUCUCACUGUGCUUUUUUUAGAUCUUCGUGUUUUUGCAGUGUGCGCUCUUCUGGAAUCAUUAUUUGUCGUUUCGCUCGCUUUACGUAAUGCACAGGUGCCCAGGGAAGGCCUUAACGAUUACCGAUUGCAGCUGUCUUUGUUGCCUUUUACUGGUCUGGUGCUGUCUUCUUCUUCAAGAUAAUUUCGCCGGCGCACGGCACUUGAAUUGAGCUGGCUCUGCCGUUUUCCGUUCCCCAGGUGUCGUAAUCGUAGUUGAAACUUUCGUGUUGCUACCGUUGCCGCUGUGCGGUUUUACUCCUUUUUUUUUAACGCAGCUAAUUCCAGCUCAGCUUUUUUCUUUUAGUUUUUCUUCUCUUUACGUAUAAAGGAAAACGGUGACUUUACCAAAACGUUCUGUCUUCUUCUUUUUGUCCCCGCACGGCGUUUGCCUAGUUUGAUUCCUUGCUACUACUAUUACUAUUGUUGCCGAUUGCGCUGCCUUGCUAUCUUCUUUUCCUUCCUUCUCUCUGUUCGACGCCGGCAGCGGAGUUCUUCAUAUUGAACUUCACUGCCCUCUUUGCCAUUUCGCAGGAUUUCUGUGUCUUCUUUCUCCAGCGCAGCCGUGCCCAAACCCUUUUUUUUUCUUCUUUCUAUCUCGUCCCCCUCUUUUCUUUCGCGAGUUUUCCCCAUUUGUUUGUGUUUCUGGACGCGCUACUUUCUUUUUGGCGUUUUUCACCGUUCAGUCCGUUCGUCUGUCCUUCGCACCGCUAUCUUCUUCCACUGCCAUCGACCCGUCGAAUCCCUUUGACUUACUUUUUUAUCUUUUAUUGUUGUUCCUCUGUGCCUUUUUACGAACGUUUUCUUCUUCUCUUCUGUUGGAUCUAUCGGGCUCCUGCCCAAAGUUGCUGACUCGUCCUCUCGUGUUUUUUCUUUGUUUUCUACCUGAGUAUUUACGCUCACACUCACACAAAAGCCGAGUCAAAUUUUGCUUCGUAGAUCACUGCUCCCCUCUUUUCAGCUCUUUUUUUUUCCUGGUCUGUCGGGAACCUGGCAGAACCGGUAGGAACUUCUUCUUGAUAACUACUUCGACACAAUGUACCCACGCGGUCGCGGAAAAGGCACGCCGUUGGGCGGCAGCAACACCGACCCAGAGGCGCCGUCCUUCAACGAGAGCCCGUCCGCGAACACAAAUUUGAAUACACCGGACAGCGUGAGCGCUUCCGCCGCGGCAGCGCCUUCUUCAACGCCUUCGCUGCAACAGCAGCAGCAGCAGCAGCAACCGUCAUACUCACAGCAGGCGGUACGACCACGUCGCUCACCACAGCUGCCCUACCCGUCCUCUGGUUACCCCACGACGCACACCGGCAACGUCACGAUCAACCUCAGCAGCAGCAGGGCAGACACCAACUUCUACCCGACGACGUCCCCCCUUCAGCUCCCGCCGCCCCCACCGCCGCCGCCAGCCAUGCCGGGUGCGGGUCCCGGGCCCUACCACGGGGGCAACACAAAUGCGCCCAACAUGAACCACAUGUAUAUGCAGCGUGGCGCGGCGCCAGCGUAUGACCAGACCGCCUUCCCGCCGCCCCCGCCUCCACCUCCGCCCCCGCCGCCGCCGCCGCCGCCACCGCCGGGGACCUAUGAAGGCGAUAUGAGCAGCUUUCACGAUAACGUGGAGUUGUCCCCAACGAGUUCGCUGUCCUACAACGCGGCCGGCAACGCAACCGGCGGCUACCCGUCCUUUUCCAACCACAGCAGAACGAGCAGCACAAACAACAACAACGCAAUGGGCGGUAUGGCGAUGGGGGGCGAGCGCUGUCAGUCCAACACGGGAGGGGAGUACCGCCCGCCGCCGUUUUAUGGCGAACUGCCACUCGGCGGUGCGGUUGCGAACGCAAACAAUAAUAGUAAUCCUACUAGCAGCGGCAACUCUUCGUUUAACCGGUCCGCUGGACUAGGCGUCAGCAACAACAUCAACGUGUCCGGCAACACGCGUCUGCCGCCCUACGUUGCGACAGCGCCGGCGGGGGCCAGUCCGUUACCGCCACAAAGCAGCGGUGCGCCUGGCUCGACAAAUCACCACUACGACGGCGCCUCAUCCGGACCGCACGGCCCUCUCAAUCCUGCCGCCAUACCCGCAGGCGGAGCGGCCUCCUCUGCACGACUACCACGUGGAGCGCUAGGACUAAAAAUCACUGUAGGCGGCAACGCGUCGGCGGUGCCGAACCAUACCCCUGUCUCUCCGCUGCUGAACUCCCCGGCGCCCCCUGCGGUGUCGUCGCUUCAGGGAGACGCGAGCAAGAAUCUCCGCAGACCACCGACGGAAAGCGCGACGCCGCCGGUGGGCACGAGCAACCAGCACCUCAGCAACACCAACGGCAGCAAAGCGAAUUCCUCUUCCGGCCCCGGGAACGCCGAGGGGGAUGCCGAGACUUCCCCCAGCACGUCGAAGCCGACCGUCGAGCAGGCGGAGGCGCGGUACCAGUACCUGUAUGAGGAGUUCCGUAAAGUGAGCCGAGUGCGCACGAAGCUGGCCGAGGAUGCGGAGCGUCUGAAGCGCGAGCUCGCGGCGGCCACGGAGGAGGCGCAGUACUACCGGCAGAAGACCCUCACGGCGGCCGAGGAGCGCGAGGCCAUCGUGCAAGACUACAACGACGACGUGCAUUACCUGCUCAAACUCGUGGAGGUGCUGGCCGGUGAUGUCGUGGCGGCUGACAGGCGGCGAAAGGCGGAGGCAGCGGCGGAGAGACACGAUACCGCAGCGAUGCCCUUGUCGCCGCGGCACGCCAUCGAUGCGGCGGCCUCGCGUCUCGCCAAACUCCUUCCCUGCCGGACCGCCGCCCCUGCGACUGCCACCCCGCUGGACUCCACCAUCAAUCACAACAAUAGCACGAACACCAACCACGACAGCACGAGCUUGGCAGAUACACUCUGUUUGGCGGAACACCUGGGUCUGCAUCACGGCAUGUGGACAUCGCAGAUAUCCACCACAACAUCCGAGUUGCCGGUCGACGAUGAGCAACGCAUUGCAGGGCACGACGUCAACGAGCGGAGCCGCUCCUCCACCUCGGCCCGCACGCCGGCGCAGCAGCAAAGCCUGCUGCUGCGAGAUGAACUGCGCGACGUGCAGCGCAAAACCCACGCAGCGAUGAAUGCGUACAUGACCAGCUUAGACUACGGCAGUGCCUCCAUUGCGAUGCAGCAGGGUUACGCGACGCGGUCGCAGGGUGUGCGUCACACCAGCAACGAGCGCUGUUCAAAGCUGCAGUUUAACAGCGAGUACCGCGGACUCCAUUUGCACAUCGACGUCCCCCGUUUUCACGCGCAGAGCGCGCCAGAUGCGCUGACCGACGCGGACACACCGCUUGGGCAGAGUAAAGACGAAUUUGGCAGUGUGAGCUCCACAGCGGGCCAGUCGUAUGGGACGCAGCGCUCCCGCGUGAACUCAGGCUCCUCAUAA